AUACAAUCGCACAUUAACAUUCACAAUGGCACCUAGUAGAAGAAAAUCAAAGGCCAAACGUGAUGUUGCCAAAUCUGGCAGCGACUCAACUUCAUCCACGCGAUCUCAUUCGCGUUCAGACAGCAUCUCUUCGCGAGGCAGGGAUGAAACUGUCGUUGAUGAAUCUAUUACUGACUUAAAUGUAGAAUCUGAUACAUAUUUUGAUUCUGAUGAGGAUGAAGGUCAGGUGAAUCGCAUUGGAAGGGUUCCUCUUGAGUGGUACGAGAGGGAGGAACACAUAGGCUACACGAUUGAUGGUGAAAAGCUGAUUAAGGAGUUGGAUUCUACUGAAUUAGGGAAACUUAUUUUUAAAUCGGAGAAUCCUGAUGCUUGGCGGACGAUUGUCGAUGUUCGAAACAACCGUACGGUUAGGCUGAGUGACGACGACUUGAAAUUAAUUAGUCGUAUUCGUAAGGGCAUGUACCCACAGGAAAAUUAUGACCAGGAAGAUUUGUAUGUCGAGUUUGAUAAUGAGGAUGCUAUCCACCCGGUUGCUUAUGUGCCCCGUCCAAAGGCCAAUUUCAUGCCAUCUAAGUUUGAGGCUGCUAAAAUUAGGCGUCUGGUUAAACUGAUUAAAUCUGGCAAAUUGGUUGUUAAAGACGAACCUGACGAAUUACCUGAAGAGCCUCCGGAAGACAUUUGGGGAGACUGCAUUUAUCAAUAUGAUCCCAAGACUGCUAGGCGUGGAAGACAUGAGGAAAUCACAGCUCCUAAAGCUCCAUUGCCAACUCAUAGUGAAUCUUACAAUCCUCCUGAGGAGUAUUUGUUUGAUGAUAAGGAGAAAGAGGAGUGGUUAGAAACGGAUCCUGAAGAACGCAAGAUUGAUUAUCUUCCACAGCAGCAUGAGUGUUUGCGACGGGUUGGUUCAUAUCAGAAUUUGAUAUUGGAGCGUUUCCGUCGUUGUUUACAGUUAUAUCUAUGUCCACGUGCUGUGAAGCUGAAGAUGAAUGUGGAUCCGGAGAGUCUUUAUCCUAAAUUGCCUGACAUUGACAGCUUAAGGCCAUUCCCUACGCGCCUUUCAGUGGAAUAUCGCGUGAAGGGGGUUAGAAAGCUAUCUGUGGAUAGCACAGGGCAUUGGAUAGUGUUGGCAUCUGAGUCGUCAUUAUCUCUUUGCAAUUUACUCGAUGGGCGCGUAUUCGAUUCCAUUGAGGGUAUGAAUAGCAUAUUUGAUAUAUGUUGGCACCCUCAUUUACCAAUUCUUAUAGUUUCUCAUGGCAAUACGUUAUCUUUCAUUGCUGUAGAGUUACCUAAUAUGCGUUCAUCCCUGGAUGUGCGUGGUACAAAGAGGACAGGAUCUUCGGAGGAAGGGAAGACUGCGUAUGAAAAAGCUUUGUCGUUGGUCCAAUCGGAGACAGAUACUGGCGCAUGGCGUUCCGCUAAGUUUGGGCGUCAUCAAGGUCUUUCGGUUGAUCAUGUUGAUGAGCUGCGGCAUCUAUCUGUGCACCAACAUGGUAAUUACGUCGUUGGGGUAUCGCCAUUAUGUCAUGAUUCGGUCAACCAAUGUGUGAUAUAUUGUUUAACUAAGCGAAACUUUGUACGUGUGGGCACUAAAAUGGCGAACAAUUCUAUACGAUUAGCAAUGUUCCAUCCUUUGGAGCCUAAGUUAAUUUUGUGUCUUAGGCGUGGUGUUCGUUUUUACAACUUGAAGGUGUCUAAUGAGAAGUUAGAAAACGAGGGUGAGAAGCUCAGUGGCGUUGAUUUCCCAGUUUCCAUGCAUGUUGACAGCCGUGCGCAGCUUAUGGCAGUUGCUGAUGAGAAGGGGACGGUAUCUCUUUUUGAUUUAAAUGUUGGUUCAUUUCCGUACAAGAAGUUCCAGUUCCAAGAAGGGCGGAUUGUUCACGUAGAAUUCCACAGGUCGUUACCUCUUUUAAUGAUUGCAUCUGCCAAUGGGGUUAUCCAUCUGAUUCAUGUUAAGGUGCCUACGGAUCUUUCUCAAGAGCCGGUUAUUGUUCCACUAAGGGACUUGAGGAUGUCUGGUGUUACUCAUGCUCAUUGGCAUAAGAAAGAACCAUGGAUCUACACUUCUGGUUUAGAUUGUGGUUAUAUGUGGGCGUAAUUGUAACAUGGAAGCCCUUUUGAGUUAUUCUGUCUAAUGUUCUGGGUAACAUCUGGGAGUCUUUACCGAGAUCUUUUUCGUUUGAUUCAGUUUUAGGCACUUUUUUUUGGUAUUCUGGGCUACAAAUUAUACAUCUACAGGUUUAAUGUUAUCUUAGGGAGCU